GAUUUAUAGCUCGAUGCUGCCACCAAUGCUAGGAUGCUUGGGGGUGUUCUUAGGCAAGGCGCUGAAUGCUAAUUGCUUUAACCAAGUCAGUCGCCAGUUGUUAAUGUAAAUUGCAGUCAUUCACAAACAUAUAAAAAAUAAUCACCCGCAAAGUUUGGUACUGUGAAUAAGCAUGUACAUAAAUCAUAUAGUGCACAUAAUAUGAUACUGUACAUGACAGCUAUACAAAAGAUGGUUGCUUAUUGAUAUAAACCAUACAUAAACAACUUUGUCUUUCAAAUUAAAGCGUGAUUAUAGCAAUCUAUUAUGAUCAACUAUUAAUAAGAAAAACACUCCGCAUAAAGUUGUGCUGGUGUUAUAGGAAAUCUAGCCAUUUUACCAGUUAAGGAAGCUGUACAUUUCUUCUUAAACUAUGUGCCAAACCUUUUCUCAAUAAAGUGUUGCUUACAACCUUAAAAUAACCUAUCACUGUCUGAACGAACUCUGAUUGAAUAGGCAGGACCAAUAAUUCCGUUUUGUUUAAAUCUUUUUCGUUGCUGACGGUUAAAAUUUUAACUUUUUCAGGGUGUAAGCAUACGUGAAUGAAAUUUUAAGAUGCACCAAAAUAUUUACGUUGUGUUUAUUGUUUUAGUGACACUGAGUCUAAUUAUUGGCAGCAAUGCACGAGCCGUUAAUCAACCCCCGUUGAACAUUUUUGAUGCAAAUCAUGCGGUCGACGCACAUAACUUUAACCGGGCCAAUGUUAUCCCACGUGCAAGCAACAUGCUGAAAAUGAGUUGGAACAGCUCGCUUGGUAAACUCGCUCAAAACUAUGCUAACAAUUGUGUGUAUAAACAUAGCAAAAAUCGUACAAAUAUUGGAAGUUUUUGGUACGUGGGGGAAAACAUGUACCUUCAAUCGUACUUUGAUACAAGAUCGAAGGCUCUUGAUAACGCAAUUGGAUCUUGGCAAAGCGAAUCCGAUAACUACAACUAUCAAAUAAACCGAUGCUCAAGCGGGGAGCUGUGUGGACAUUAUACACAAAUGGUAUGGGCCGAUUCGCAUGCUCUUGGGUGUGGUGUGGCAAACUGUCGGAAUGUAAGAGUGGGUUCUAAAGAUAUUUGGAAAACUGCGCAACUUGUUAUCUGCAACUACGGACCUGGUGGAAAUGUGAACCGCGCUAGACCUUAUCAAAGCGGUUCGAGCUGCUCAAAUUGCCCGUAUGGUACUGUGACAUGCAGCAAUCGGUUAUGUGUCAAAUAAGUAAAAAUUCUUGAGCAAAACGAACGUGUUUGUAAAAACAAUGUUUUGUUUGUAACAUAAAUUCAUCGUACUUGUGCUAUUACUCAAGUUGGUUACAGUUGCUACGAGUUUAAUGGUGUUUAUAUGCAGAAUAAAAUAUUGCAAUGUAAAAAGAGAAGUGAUUUUAAAAUCAAAUGGCAUUAAGACUGUUGCGGUUGUUGCAACUAAAAUAAAACAAAUGUUCGUUUCCGCUGCAGAAUCUGGUGUUUUACCCUCAUUCUGCUGUUUCUUUAACCAUUUAGUUCGAACUGUUAAAGUUGUCAGCGUGUAUAAACAGUAGGCUUCGUGUGCCUAUUCGCGGAAAGCGCUAAGUUCACAUUUAGCUAGUGAACGAACGAAAUAUAGUGUAGAGUGAAGGAAGAUGGGACACCUUUAGCACGUAAAAUCCGAAUACCCUGGUCGUGUUUUAAACAGAUAUAACAACGGU